UCGAGGGCCGAAACAUCGCAGAUCGCGAGCGUCUUGUCGAAGCGACCCGCAUCCCGCCCACUGCGCACCCGCGUCUCCCACUGCGCUUCCACCACACGAAUUAUGGCCACCCUCAGCGCCCCACCGUGCUCCGCCAGUGCCGGGACCGCGCCGUCCCUGUGGUGGCUUGAGUACGCCAAGCCAUCCACCACAAAAUCGUACGGGAAGAGGGUUGCCUCGCUGUUCGUCCUGUGGCGCUUCUCGGCCCAGAGAAGGGACCGCUCGAAUCGGGAAGUGUCCUGCGCGUAAGUGCGCUCCCAGUCGUUUUUCAUGUAUACUGCCGGGACACGGCUGUGCGGAAUGUCGCCCCAUCGCCGGGCAGUAUGAGCAGCCCAGGGUCUCCGCUGGAGGCCCGCAGGGGAGCGAGGAUCCACCGCUAUAAACACGACCGCCGAGUAUCCGUCGCUUCGCAUGACUCGAGCGCCGAGUCGCUCAGCGCCGUUGGGAAGAUGAUCUGGCCUGCAGAGUACACAAUGCGCAUGGUGGCCGAGGAGACGUUCGUUCGGCGGUCGUAUCUGGCAUAACGCGUCUAGCAUUGUUUAUCCGGUCGAACCACUUGUGGGAGCGCCAUUCCGUUCGCUGUGGUCGGGCGACUGGCGCUGUCCUGCAGCGCAUCCAUCAUCAGAUUGCUUGGCGGUGGCAAGGAAGCGUCGACAGCGGGCAGGAGAAGGUCAUCGAGGAAGGACUCGGUGAAACAGCUCCUCGAUGUGGGGCAGGGUGGGGUUCUGCGCAGACUGCGUCCAGGAGGUACGGCGUUCCGGAUUGCGAGCAACAAGAGCGUUGUGGGAGCUGUGGGAGCUCUUACUUAUAUAUUGCUGAGGACGUCUCUUGACUGUCAAUGCCUGGGAGACAUAUACAUGGUAAGUAGUGGUCACAGUGAUCGAUUUGGCCAAUAUGUCACACUCGCUUCGCUCCCAGCGACCUGUCAAAGCCACAACAAAACAUGUGACCAUCGACUGGUCAUGUCUGGCCUUGCACCAACUCUACCUCUUGAACUACAGUAUUUGGUCAUCAAUGCUGUCCACGCGACCAGCUCGACAUACCGCUUGACUAAUGUCCCUUUCCAACGGCUGCUCAUGGCCGGAAUCCGACCCGACGUCCUCUCCCUCCGUCUCGUCUGCUUGAGCUGGCACGACUACACCUCGCAGACUCUCCUCAGACUCUUCAAGGACAUAACUCUGCGCAACGACAGCCAUGCAGCACGCUUCUGCACUCUCGUGCGCACGAGUCCGCGCGCCGGUAUCCGCGUGCAUAGUCUCGUCGUGA